AUGUCCAACGAUGAUGGCAGGAGGCGAACACUGUCAAGACUAAGUCGUAAUUCUACAAAUCCAAUCCUGUACAAUGAGAAAUCAUUAUCACAAGGUUCCAAACGAUCGGAUCAAUCACGACUGCAAAAUGUUUCAGCAUCAUCAAAUUCUAAUAAAAGAAGAAAAGUCGAGUUGAGUAAAGAAGAGAAACUAGUAGAUAUCAUGACCGACUUUGAUUUAGCUGUCAAUGAAUUAUACCAAUUAAAAGAAUAUAAAUCAAUUGUUAGUUGGCAACCUCAAGAUUUUUCAAUUGAUUCUGAACCAUUUCAAAACUUUAAAGAUGAAAACAACUAUAAAAUAAAAUGGGAUGAAGAAAUAGAAGAUGACAAUGAAUUAAAAAGUUUGCCGUUUAGAUUUCAAAAAAAGAAGAUAGCGGAAAGAGAAGAUAAAUUAAUCAAAAAAUACCCUUUCAAAAAUCAAGUUAUUGAGAAUGUAUUGAACAGAGAGUCUGAACUAUUCUUAAGUUCUAAUUCAGAUCCAAUUAAAGUUGAGAAUCGAAAUCUCAAGCCUAAUUCGAACAAGAUAAAGACUGAAGCUACAAAAUCAACAGACAAAGGUAAACAGCGACAAAAAGCUAAAAAACUAGAGGCAAAAUCCAAAAGUAGACAAAUCAAAGAGGAAAAUGAAGAAACGAAUGGGCACAUAUCCAAUGACGAAGCAAUAGAUGAGGAGCAUGACGAGGAGGAAGAUCAAACGUCACAGACAGUACAAUUUAAUGAUAGAGUCAAACGAGUUAGUUGGAGUAUACCAUCAUUGAUAGUGACGCAUCCAUCACACGUGCCUGGUUGGCAGCCGCCGACAGAAGGAGCAUCUAAUGCAAUCAUAGAAUCAAAUGAGACAGAUGAAGUCCUUGAAUUCCAACCAGAGUCACUUAAAAUUACUGAGACUAAAGAUGAUACUAUAUAUGCACCAAAUUUGGAUACUAAACUUCAACACUUUUUGGACUAUAAUUGUAAAUUUCCAAUCAUUGAUGAAGCUCUCAUGCCAGAGUACAAUUUUACAAAACAAGAAUAUGACUCAAUGAAUUCACAACAACAAACGUUAUUCAAAAGUAUACUACAAAAAAUGAAUGAAAAUGUUUUGGAAUAUAACUCAAAUAAAAUUGAAAGACGUAAGAUUUUACUUCCACCUACCUCAAAUGUGAGAUUAAAUGACCCAUUUAGGGAUACAUCAGCUGUAACACCAAAAUUACAAGGUUCCGCAAAUAAUUUUACUCAUCAUGAUUAUUUGGUCGCCCAAGGUAUGUCCUUUUCAAGAAUUCAUCAUCAAAUGAGGAGACAACAUAUAAAUAAGACGAGAAAAAUAGCGUCAAUAAUUGAUCAACAUUUCAAGAAGAAAAGAGGAGAAGCUGAAAGAUUGAGGAGAGAACGCGAACAAAAUCUUAAGAAAAUUAGUAGGAAUACAAUGCAAGCUAUAAAGAAGAGAUGGAAUGAAGCAUUCAAGGUUUAUCAAAUGAUACAAAAUGAAAAACUAGAAGAAAUGAAAAAAGUAAAAGGAAGAGAACAUUUGAGUCAAAUGUUGGAGCAUUCAACUCAACUUUUAGAAGCCCAAUUAACUUCCUCAAAAGAAGCAACUGCUGAAAGUGAAUUAAUUAGUGAUAUUGAAAAUGAUGAUGAUGAUGAUGAAGAUGAAGAUAAGUCAGAUAAUGAGGAUUCAGAUGAUUUUUUUUCAAGUUCUGAAGACGAAGAAGAGAAUAAUGGACAAGCUGUAAGAGCUAAUGGACAUGCAUUGAAGGAAGAAGAAGACAUUAACUUAAGUGUUGAAGAACUUAGGAAGAAAUACGCUGAUAUAGAUAGUUCAAGAGAAGCAACUGUUGAAACAUCGGAGAAAGAAUCUGUAAGGGAAUCCGAGGACGAAGUCUCAGAUGAUGAAGACGAGGAAGAUGAAAGUUUUGAUGACAAUAAAGGUUUGGCAGCAUUAUAUGGUGAUGAAGUAGUGAUAUCAAAUGGAGCCGAUUCAGAGCUUGAACAAAAAGAUAGUGUCGCAAUUAGAACGGAAGAACUUGAUUCAGAGAGAAAUUCAUUACUUGAUUCUGAUGAAAGUAGCUCAAUGACUAGCUCAAGCUCAGAUGAAGACAUUGAAGAGGAGGAGGAGAAGGAGGGACAAGAGUCAGAGGGUGAUGUUGAAACAAAGCUUAAUGGAACCCAUGAAACUACUACUCAUAAUGGUGGAUUAUCCAGUUUGUUUGAGAAGGAUGUUGACGAUUCUGGCAGUGAUGAAGAUGUGGAGAUAGAGAACCUAUCGGAUGAAGAUGAUGACUCGCUCAACAAUACCGAAGAUGAAUCAAUGAAUGAAAUCGCAAGUAAAGAAGCGAAUGGAACAUUGGACAAUGUAGAUGUCGAGAUGAAAUCGGACACAGAAGAUGAAAGCAAUGUUGAAAUCAUCAAUGGAGCAAAAGUCAAAGAUGUUCCUAUACCCUCGCUAUUAAGGGGAACUUUAAGACCAUAUCAAAAACAAGGACUUAAUUGGAUGGCUAGUUUAUACAAUAACAAUACUAAUGGUAUUUUGGCAGAUGAAAUGGGUCUUGGUAAAACUAUACAGACCAUAUCAUUAUUGUCCUACCUUGCAUGUGAACAUCAUGUAUGGGGACCACACUUGAUUAUUGUACCUACUUCAGUUAUGUUAAAUUGGGAUAUGGAAUUUAAAAAGUUUGCUCCUGGGUUCAAAGUACUAACUUAUUAUGGAUCUCCUCAACAAAGGGCUCAAAAAAGAAAAGGAUGGAAUAAACCAGAUGCUUUUCAUGUGUGUAUCACUUCAUAUCAAUUAGUAGUUCAAGACCAACAAGCUUUCAAAAGAAGGAAAUGGAAAUACAUGAUUUUAGAUGAAGCUCAUAAUAUUAAAAAUUUCAGAUCUACUAGAUGGAAAGCAUUGUUGAACUUUAAUACAGAAAAUAGAUUGUUAUUGACAGGUACUCCACUACAGAAUAACUUAAUGGAAUUAUGGUCCUUACUAUAUUUUUUAAUGCCUUCAUCUAAAGUCAAUUUAACAAUGCCUGAAGGGUUUGCAAACUUGGAGGACUUUCAGCAAUGGUUCGGGAAACCAGUUGAUAAAAUUUUGGAACAAACUUCAUUAGGUAAUAAUUCUGAUUUAAUUGAUGAAAACGAAAAAACCACAGCCAAGAUGGAUGAUGAAACAAAGAAUACGGUUUCAAGAUUACAUCAAGUAUUAAGACCAUACAUUUUAAGGCGAUUGAAGAAAGAUGUUGAGAAACAAAUGCCAGGAAAAUAUGAACAUAUUGUCUAUUGUCGAUUAUCAAAAAGACAAAGGUAUCUUUAUGAUGAUUUCAUGUCAAGAGCUAAAACCAAAGAAACAUUGGCAUCAGGAAACUUUUUAUCCAUUAUUAAUUGCUUGAUGCAAUUGAGAAAAGUUUGUAAUCAUCCGGAUUUAUUCGAAGUCAGACCUAUUGUGACUUCGUUUGCAAUUCCAAAAUCUGCUUCAUCUGAUUAUCAAUUGACCAACGAGUUUACACAAAAAUUGUUUGCAAACGAAGAAAAAGUGAAUUUCGAUGUUUUAAAUUUAAAAGUCACAGAUAAUGAAAAUUUAAACUUUUUUGUCACUGAUUCUAUUUCAAAACUACAAUCCACAGAUCAAUUACAAAACCAAAUUGACCAAUUAAAGCAAUUGAAAUUAAGAAAGAAUGAGUACAUAUCAGAAUAUGUUGGUUAUUUUCAAAAUUUAAAAAUCGAGGAACAGCUAGAAAUCAAGGAUAAAUUGGAACAGGUUUUGUAUCUCAACAAGUUGAGGUCUGAUAAAAAACCAAUUUAUGGAAAUUCAUUAAUGAAAUUUUUAACUAUGAAACCAAAAAAUAGUACAAAUGAAUUAUUUGAUAAAUUUUGCCUUACUUUGAAUGAUAGGGUUGACUCCAUGAAGGAUGAAAUUGAACAAUAUUCAAUUUUGACUCCAACUGUGGUUGCUUUGGAUAUGAAGGAUCAAUUAAUUCCAAAAUCUACUCAAUAUAGAAUAAAUAGUGAUGUUGCAUCAAACAAGAUCACAAAUCCUUUUCAUCAUUCUCAAGUUAAAUUGUCAAUAGCAUUUCCUGAUAAAACAUUGUUACAAUAUGAUUGUGGUAAGUUGCAAAAAUUAGCUACAUUGUUGAGAGACCUUACAGCUGAAGGUCACAGAGCACUAAUCUUCACACAAAUGACUAAAGUUUUGGAUAUCUUGGAACAAUUUUUGAACAUCCAUGGUUAUAGAUAUAUGAGAUUGGAUGGUGCAACAAAAAUAGAAGAUAGACAACUAUUAACUGAAAAAUUUAAUCGAGACCCAAAAAUUCCAGUUUUCAUUUUAUCAACAAGAUCAGGUGGGCUAGGUAUAAAUUUGACUGGAGCUGAUACUGUUAUAUUCUACGAUUCAGAUUGGAAUCCUGCAAUGGAUAAACAAUGUCAAGAUCGUUGUCAUCGUAUUGGUCAAGUUCGUGAUGUUCACAUUUACAGAUUUGUUUCCGAAUAUACUAUAGAAUCUAAUAUUAUCAAAAAGGCAAAUCAGAAACGUCAAUUAGAUAAUGUUGUGAUUCAAGAAGGAGAUUUUACAACUGAUUAUUUUGGGAAAUUUUCCGUACGUGACUUAGUUCAAGAUCCAAAUAUUUCACAAGAUGUGCCUACUGAUAGAACAAUUGAUUUUUCGGGUGAUGGUGAGAUGGGUAAAGUUUUUGCACAAGCAGAGGAUGAAGAAGAUAGAGCAGCUGCUGGUGCUGCUUUGAAAGAAGUAGCAAUUGAUGAUGAGGAUUUUAGUGAAGGUAUUACUAAACCAGUAGAAAUUAAUGAAGAUGACGAAAAUGCAGAUUUAGAUUUUGAUGAAGGAGUUGGUCAUAUCGAUGAUAAAUAUGUAACUUCAUCACCAAAUUCAUACAACAAAAUCGAAUCACCACCAAAAUUAACUGUCCCAAUUCCAGAAGAAGCUAGACCUCACUGGAAAGGUAAAAGACUAUAUCCAAAACCAAGUAUACACGUUGAAAAUGAUCCCACAAGAUUACAAUGUUACUGUCCUGCCACAGGUCAAGAUUUAGGAAAGUUUACUACAACAUCAAGAAAAGAAAUGGAUGAAAUGAUUGAAAAAGCAUCAAAAGCCCAGUCAAAAUGGGCUAAAAGCUCAUUUACCAUAAGGCGAAAAUUUUUGAGAACAUUAGCUAGAUUUAUUUUGGAAAAUCAAGAAAACAUUGCAAGAAUCGCAUGUAGAGAUUCUGGAAAAACAAAAUUAGAUGCUUCAAUGGGGGAAAUAAUGGUUACUUUAGAAAAAAUUAAUUGGAUAAUUCAAAAUGGUGAAAAAAUUUUGAAACCAAAUCAAAGACCUGGACCAUCUAAUUUCUUAUUAAAAUUUAUGAAAAAUGCUGAAGUUAGAUAUGAACCUUUAGGUGUUGUAUCUGCGAUUAUUUCAUGGAAUUAUCCAUUUCAUAAUUUAAUGGGACCAAUAAUUGCUUCAAUUUUUACGGGAAAUGCUAUAGUUGUUAAAUGUUCUGAAAAUGUAGUUUGGUCAAGUAAAUGGUUUGUACAAAUGUGUCAAGCUGCUUUGAAAGCACUAAAUCUAGAUGAAGAUUUAGUUCAAUUGUGCUAUUGUUUCCCACAAGAUGCUGAUUAUUUUUCUUCUCAUCCUGGUUUGAAUCAUAUCACUUUUAUCGGAUCGAAACCAAUUGCUCAUCAUGUGGUUGCAAAUGCUGCUAAACAACUAACUCCCUGUGUUGUUGAAUUGGGUGGUAAGGAUUCUUUCAUUGUGUUAGAUGACGUUAAAGAUUUGAAUGCUCUUUCUUCAAUUAUUUUAAGAGGUACUUUUCAAAGUGCUGGCCAAAAUUGUAUUGGAAUUGAAAGAGUUAUAUGUUUACAUAAAUCAUAUGAAAAAUUGGUUGAUUUACUUUCUAAACGAAUUAAAGAAUUCAGAAUUGGAUCCGAUAUAGAUCAAUUGGAUGAAAUAGAUGUGGGUGCGAUGAUAUCCGAUAAUCGAUUCGGUUGGUUUGAUGAAUUAAUAAAAGAUGCGGUUUCAAAAGGUGCCAAAUUGCUACAUGGUGGAAAAUCAUAUCAACAUCCCAAUUACCCUCAAGGACAUUAUUAUGAACCUACAUUAUUAAUUGAUGUUGAACCGUCUAUGAGAAUAUUUAAUGAAGAAGUUUUUGGUCCAAUACUAACAAUGAUCAAAGCAAAAGAUGUAAAUGAUUCUAUAGCAUUGGCAAAUAAAUCUGAGUAUGGACUAGGGAACUCUAUAUUUGGUUCCAAUUUCAAUCAAUUAAAUAAAUUGGCCAAUGAAUUAAAGAGUGGUAAUGUUGCAAUAAAUGAUUUUGCAACAUAUUAUGUAGCUCAAUUACCAUUUGGAGGUGUCAAAAAAUCAGGUUAUGGCAAAUUUGGAGGUGAAGAAGGUUUAACAGGCUUAUGUAAUUUAAAAUCAAUAGUGAUGGAUAAACCCUUGUUGAGAUUGCUUGGAGUUGCAACUUCAAUACCUCCACCAAUUGAUUAUCCAAUUCAAGAUGAUAAAAAAGCAUGGGGUUUUGUUAAAAGUUUGAAUAUAGCAGGUUAUGAUGGUAGAGUUUGGGCUAAAUUAAAAGCAUUUAAAAAUUUAGCUAAAGGUGGGGCAUGA